CAUACUUUUAGCCAUAGUGAGUAAAGGUAUAUUGCAGUAAAUAUCACGAGACUAUGACUAUAGCAGAGUCUAUAAAGGUGUUCCGGACCAUCCAACAGGUCAGACAAUGGAGGUUGCAAUGCUUAUUAAACGGUAAGUCUGUAGGGUUUGUUCCUACUAUGGGUGCCUUACACGAUGGUCAUUGCUCAUUAGUAAAUCAAUCAUUAAAGGAUAAUGAUAAUACUGUAGUGUCUAUAUUUGUUAACCCAUCACAGUUUGCUCCUCAUGAGGAUUUGGAUUCAUAUCCUCGAACCAUCGACUCAGAUUUGAAUAUUUUAGCUAAUAAGUUUAAGAAUUAUACUAAACAAGUUGAUGCUAUAUUCAUUCCCAAGAUUUCAGAAAUGUACCCGUCUGGAAUCGAACUUGAUAUAAGUAAGCAAAGAGGUGCAUUUGUAACUGUUAAAGGUUGUUCUGAACAAUUAGAAGGUGUCACCAGACCUCAGUUCUUUAGAGGUGUAGCCACUGUUGUAACUAAAUUAUUGAAUGUAGUUAAACCUACUAAUAUAUACUUUGGACAAAAGGAUGCUCAACAAUGUAUUGUUAUUAAGAAUCUUGUUAAGGAUUUAUUAAUCGAUACUAAUGUUAAGAUUAUGCCUACUUUGAGAGAGACCAAUGGUCUUGCCAUGUCUUCUAGAAAUGAAUAUUUAUCACCUCAAACUAGACAAGAAGCUUCUAUAAUAUAUAAGUCCUUACAGACUGGAAAGCAAUACUAUGAAUCUAAGAAUAGUGUGGUGUCUUCAAAGGAUAUCUUACAUGAGAUCCAUAGUAUUCUCGAUUCAAAUCCUACUUUCAAAACAGAGUAUGUAUCUAUUAAUCAUCCUGAAACUUUGGAUGAAAUUGAAAAUGUUGAACCCGGUACUGGAGCUUUGAUAACCUUAGCGGUUGUAGCACCUAAACAGGAUGGCGUUGGACGUGCCAGACUUAUUGAUAACAUUAUUUUGCAUUAAGAGUCCUAAAAGUAUAUUACAUAAUAGUAUUACAGUAUUACAGUAUUACAGUAUAGAAUAGAAUUGUAUAUAAGAUUUCUCAUACUUAAUAUAGAUAACACCCAGG